CAAAAAAAGAAUAUAUAACCCGUGGAAUUUCCUGUGAUUAUCACGCCUAGCUGGUGAUAGCGAUGAAAAACCGGCUGCGCGUAACGGACGCGGUCUUAGGAUUCGAAUAACCGCAGUAUUAUACAUUAACUUUUAUAUAUAUAUAUACAUAUAUAUGUUUCCAAGGUAUCAGUUAUUUACAUUAAAUUCAAUACAUCCAUCGCACCUGCACACUCUCGCACCCCACACAGAUUUAAAUAUAUAGCGUUAUAAAAUUUUGUUAAAUUUUCCUGUCGGUUUCUUCAGAGGCUUUUCUCGUACCGCUCUUUCAAAGAGCUGUGGUACCCCAACACCCCACACACCUUAGACAGCACACUCUGCGUACACACACCAGAGGUUUUAAUCGGGAUCGGUAACGGUGACGGUGACGGCGACGGCGAGGUUGACGUUGACGGCACUCUCCUCGUCCUUCCUUUCGCGCGAUAACGCCUUGCGCGGUUCUAUAUACUCGACACUCUACACUACACCGUGUAGCAUACCACACCGCGGCUGGUAUAUAAUACUACUGUAUAUACACACCAAGUAGAGGAGCUUCAUAUCCAAUUACACGCGCGAGUGAUGAAUAAGCUGAAGUAGUGACUCGAGAGACGAGUCAAGAGAAACAACUUUUGUUAGUCGAACGUGAAUAUUUUUUUUUAACUAAAAAUAUAUUAGCCCAAAAAUGCCUGCAUUGCAUCUGUUUGGUCGCAAAUGGCUCGCAGCGACUGAUGAUCUCGUCUAUCCAGGUCUUUUUGAAAUUUUCAUUCGUGUUGUAUGGUUUGUUUUGAUAGGAAUUGCAUGCUUGAGAUAUUAUGGAGAAACCUGGCAGUGCCAAGUCGGUGGUCAACUUGUACGUGUUUUUUUUGGCGGUGAAUUAGUUAUACUUGGUGUUGUUACAAUUCUUGUUUUUAUUAUGGUCAAUCACAGCGCACGAGGGUCUAUUACUGAUACUUAUGCACGGAGAUUUGUCGAGCCGCUUUUGACAGUCAAGGUGCUGCUGCUGGUUCCAGAAAUAGCCUGGAAUAUACUGGGGUCCCUUUGGGUGAUAAGUGACCACGUCCAGUGCACAGACGAGCAUUAUACAAUAGCAGUGAUCGAAGCCCUUGUGUUCUUUGACUGGGUGCUCAUCGGGCUGGCGUUCCUCGGUCUUGCUCUAGUCUUCGAUCCUCUCGGGUCUCUCACCUACUCUGACAAAGUUAUCGAGGACUCGGUCGAGCACGGCAAGGUGUCGCGCAUCUGGCUUCGCCGGUUCAAAUUCUUAUGGUGGAUGCACCGAGACGAGAGUGCCACUGAGACAUUCCAACAUGUUGCUGGACUACUGAGUGCGCUAUUCAGAGGAACUGAUUUAGUUCCAUCAGAUGUUGUCGCCGGAUGCAUUUUAUUGCGAAUACGUCAGAAACGUGAAACAAUCGAGUUACGUCGCUUGAAAAUUCUCGAUCGUCCCGAAUAUACAAUUGAUUCACGGAUAAUAUUUGCAAACACACCAGCAUGGAUGUCACUAGAAUGGGCUCAUCAUUACAUGAAACUAUCGAUAGCAUCGUACGGAUGGCUAUUUGUAUUGUAUCAAAACGCGUGUACAGGUUGUUGCAAAUUGAUUCCUCACAUGAGUUGCUGCGGUUGCUCAACAAGACACCAGCCAAUUGUUCUUGACGACAAUUGCUGUCUUUGUAGUCUCGCUGGCGUUAAAUAUCUUUCACAAUUGUCUCAAGAUGACAUUCUUUUCGCAUCUUUUCGCAAUCAUCUGUGCGAAAUUCCAUUUUGUGUCGUCGCUGAUCACAAAACCGCAAGUAUCGUGAUAGUAAUCAGAGGUUCAUUGUCAUUGAGAGAUCUUAUUACUGACAUUGCUGCUGCGUCUGAUUCAUUUGAACCUGAAGGUUUACCGCCCGGUAGUAUGGCACAUCGUGGAAUGAUUAUUGGCGCAAAAAUGCUUCUGAAACAACUGGACCAGUAUAAAAUACUCGAGAAAGCAUUUGCGACAUACCCCAAUUACGGAUUGACUGUAACAGGUCACAGUCUCGGUGCCGGCCUUGCUGUUCUUCUGGCAUUACUUAUACGUCCACGUUACCCCGAUUUAAAAGUUUACGCUUUUGCAACUCCAGCCGGAUUGCUGAGCAGAGAAGCUGCUCGAGCGACUGAAGAUUUCGUGCUGUCGGUCGGGUUAGGCGAUGAUCUAGUGAUGCGACUGAGUGUCGACAGCAUGGAAAACUUUAGAACAUCUUUGCUGAUCACUCUGCAGGCUUGCAGGUUACCCAAAUAUCGAGUUGUGUUAAAUGGAUUUGGAUACGCAUUAUUUGGAGUACCAGACAGAGAUUUACACAGAACGUGGAGAAGUGGUAACACAAUAAAUUCAAUACCUGGUCAAUUACCGCUGCUUGCUGGUGAAUCUUCUGGUGUACGUCAAUCGGAAACAAUGAUUUUAGAACGUGAUGUCACAAGGAGAAGAUAUUCUAAAGUAAGAUUAUACAAUGCUGGUCGUAUUCUUCAUAUUGCGCGUCUUAAAUCUUCACAAGAUGACAAUAGUGAUAAAAAAUCAAAAAAAGACCAGCAGUAUGAAAUGAGAUGGGCGCAGGCUGAAGAUUUUAUGGAACUUUCAGUAAUGCCGCGAAUGUUACUGGAUCACUUACCAGAAAAUUUAGAAAUAGCACUAGGUACUCUUUUGAAACAACAACAAGACCUACCGGUUUAUUUAGAUUCAUCGUAAUUAAAUUAAUUAUUUAAAG